UUCUUCGAUAUAUAUAUGUUUAUUACAUUAGGGUUUUUAUUACUAGUAUUAUUUUCUGGUUGGGUUUUCUAGACUCUUCUGCAGCUCGCGUUUAUAUUCAACUGUGUAUUCUGGGACCCUUGAGUCAAGUGUGCUGUAAACUGUGGAGAAGAGGAAGACGACGACUAUGGGGAGGCCUCGCUGUUUUCUGGACAUUAGCAUUGGAGAUGAACUGGAAGGUAGAAUUGUUGUUGAGCUGUACGAUGAUGUAGUCCCCAAAACGGCCGAGAAUUUUAGGGCUCUUUGCACUGGAGAGAAAGGGAUUGGCCCCAACACCGGUGUUCCUCUGCACUACAAGGGAUCACGAUUUCAUCGUGUCAUUAAGAGUUUUAUGAUACAAGGAGGUGAUAUUUCUGCUGGUGAUGGGACUGGAGGGGAAUCCAUUUAUGGUUUGAAAUUUGAAGAUGAAAACUUUGAAUUAAAACAUGAAAGAAAAGGGAUGUUAUCAAUGGCUAAUGCUGGACCGGAUACUAAUGGUUCCCAAUUUUUCAUCACCACGACUCGAACAUCUAAUUUGGAUGGAAAGCAUGUAGUAUUUGGGAAGGUUAUCAAAGGCAUGGGAGUUGUUCGAUCCGUUGAGCAUGUCACUACCGGUGACAAUGAUUGUCCUACAGUUGAUGUUAUUAUAUCUGAUUGUGGAGAAAUCCCGGAGGGAGCAGAUGAUGGAACAGCAAAUUUCUUCAAGGAUGGUGACUUGUACCCUGAUUGGCCAACAGAUCUUGAUGAUAACUCUGAUGAACUCUCUUGGUGGAUUACUGCAGUGGAUAAAAUUAAGGGAUAUGGAAACGAGCAUUUUAAGAAGGAAGACUAUAAGAUGGCUCUUCGGAAGUAUCGAAAGGCUCUGAGAUAUUUGGAUGUUUGCUGGGAAAAGGAAGGGAUUGAUGAAGUAGACAAGAGUUCAUAUUUGAGGAAAGUGAAGGCUCAGAUAUUUACCAACAGUUCUGCUUGUAAGCUGAAAAUUGGAGAUUUGAAAGGAGCACUUCUGGACGCUGAUUUUGCUAUGCGUGAUGGUGAAAAUAAUGCAAAAGCAUUAUUCCGCCAGGGCCAGGCACAUACGGCCCUACACGACAUAGAUGCUGCAGUAGAGAGUUUUAAGAAAGCAUUGGAAUUGGAACCAAAUGAUGGAGCAAUCAAAAAACACCUUGCUGCUGCAAAGAAAAAGAUUGCUGAUAGACGCGAGCAGGAGAGAAAGGCAUAUGCCAAAAUGUUCCAAUAGCAAUGGACUAUAUGUUUUCAUGUUUUUUGCUGGAAGGAUUGGAGCUUAAGGUAUUGAAUUACACUUGAAUUGAUCUGAUCGACUCAGUUGCAGAAGAUAAUCGUAGCUGACGUUUCAUCGGCAGGAACAAACAUAGUCUACAUUGAAUUGUAGUUAUGGAUGAGACUGAGUUGUAGUAAUAUCAUUUAAGGUUGUUCAACAGGUUUUGUGGCGGGACCAUUUGCAAAGAGACUGACAAUCAAACAAACCUUUGCAGUUUUUGUGUUGUAACCAUGUCAUGUCAGACUAAUUUACAAAUCGAUCAGAUUAUGCAGAAACUCUACUCUAUUUAUUAUACUCAGGCUGUCCAGCUGUCUAUCUUCUAUUCUCUUCUGUGAUGAAAAUGAAAUCAAAGUGUUGUAUGAUGAGCCAUUUUUAUCUUGUUUGGAGUCAUGUAAUGAAUGAGGUAAUGACAGCGUCCUGGUGACGUAUGCGUAGUGGUGCAAAUGCAAAUUGGCCAACUUGCGUUUACUUAUGAAGUCGCACUGCAUUAUUUGCGACUUCUUCUUAUUCAA